AUGGUAGCAAAAAAAGUAAGCCUGAAGCUCUUCAUGAUAGAGAAGGGGAGCCAACGACGGGUGCUGUUUGCUGAAGCAGACAAGGAGUUUGUUGAUUUCCUAUUUAGCAUUUUCACUCUGCCGGUCGGAACUGUCACGAGGCUUCUGAAAGAGGGAAGUGGCAUGGUAGGCAGCUUGCCAACCCUCUACAGAAGCAUUGAAAAUAUGAGUUUUAAUCACAUUCAACCAGCCAAAGACAAAAGCUUCCUGUUAGAACCAAAAGUAUUCAUGCCUGGUGUUAAAAUCCCUCUCCUAUUGCCCAACGUUGCCUCAACAUUCCGUCAAUUGUAUAACUCUGAUGACGAUAACACAAAAUGUUAUUCGUGCGGAGCUAGAAAGAACGCGUUGGCAACAUUCACAGACCCCCCAAGCGCAACAAGGGCAUUCUCCACUAGUGAGGAAGGUUACGUGAGAGGGACGAUUACAUACAUGGUGAUGGAUGAUCUAGACGUGAAGAUCUCUUCCGCCAGCUCUUUUGCCACUUUGCUUACCCAAUUUGAUGUCAACGAUAUACGGGUUAUUGAGGAGAAAGUGGUCGAUGUGGGCAUGGAUGAGGGUGUGAAAUUGCUCCGAACUUCUUUGCAAUCAAAGACUGUUUUGACUGACGUGUUCCUUUCGGCAGAGAUUAUUCAAACUGAGGUCUCAAUUAAGGAGGAGGAACAUGUUGAAAUAUGA